AGCCAGUAUGGCGGACAACGAAAGUGAUUUAGAAACUGACGGGCUUGAAUCAGCUCUGGACUCACUGUGUCUCAAAUACUGCAGCGACGAGUCGUUUCUGAGCAGCAAGGACUACUGUUCCAAGUUUUGUGAGUUGGUGGAGGAGUACACAGGGCAGUGGCAUGUUCCCCUCCCUCAACUUAAGGUGCUGCGGGCUGCAUUCUGCAACUUUACCAAAGCCACUGCUGGUUUCCCAGAUGACUGUCAGCACAUCCAAUAUGUUCUCAGCAGUCUGGCCUUGAGCUUCUUUGAGUUGAUGCUGUUUUUCAGCAAAGAAGAAUUUUUGGAAGAGCCCUUAAAAGACAUCCUUGAUACUUUUCAGGGGUGCCAUUCUCAGCUCCUAAGACACAGGAAUAUCUACCUUCAGCAUGUGAAGCAGGUUAUUAAAGGAGGAGGACCCUGGGAGAAUCCAGUGCUGCAAGGAGUCCUAAAGGAAACAGAUUUGCCACCAAAUGAUGUUGAGGACUACCUAAGUUCAGAACUGCCAAUAUUCUUGGAGCUGCGGGUUCGAUAUCUGCAAGCCUGCGAGCGAAUUCAGGAGGCGAUGGCCCUGUCGAAAAGCUGCCUGGAAAACCCUGAAGCUGGAAAGCAUCUUUACUUCCAUCAGGCUUACCUGACCUGCCUCUACAAAGCCUCGCUUUAUGAAAACCUCAACAAAGAGAUGGCAGACAUAGACGGCCGUGAUGCAGUGGAGAUAAUCUGCAACACAGAGAGCGUGGAGAAAGAUGAGCUUUUGUUGUCACUGUGCAGAGCUUUCCUCACUCGGCUGCUACACAACGGAGACAUGUACUACAUCUGGGACCUGGUUUUUAUCUGGAGCAGGUUGUAUCUUCGCGCCCAUCCCUCUCGACAGGGUUUCCUGGCCGAGUGCCUCCAGCUAGCUUCCUCUGCUACCAAUGUUAGGGCCAUCUUCCCCUUCGUCAAACUGGUCACCACAGAGGUCGGGGCUGAAGGAGUCCAGGUGUGUGUGGAGCUCUGUGCCAGGGCCUUGCAGCUGUGCGACAUGCAGUCCGACACUGUAACCCAAUCCCUGGUCUGCAAGACCAUCGCCUUUCUGCUGCCACAUGACCUGGAGAUCUGCCGGGCGUGUGCCCUGCUCGUCUUCUGCCAGGAACGGAGCCUGGAAGCGUAUCGGACUGUCUGCCUGCUUUACAUGCACCCUGAUGAGGAACCACAUCCUCACAACAGCCUGGUCCGGACCAGUGUUCGCUUCCAUAUUCUGCAGAUGCUCAAGGAGCGCCUGCGUUUUGACCCUGAGUUUUGGAACCUCCUGACCCUCAGGACUUACUGCUUAGGGCUGAUGAGUGACAAGGUCAUGAAAGCUGCGGUUCUCAGUGAGAUGAAGGAGGAAGAAGAAAAAGAAGGCAACGACUUGUUCCUAAAUAACUGUAAAAACGAAUCAUGCACUUUUGGAUUUAAUUCCUGCCAUUGCGCUCAAGCUGCAUUUGUGGAUCAACCCCUUCCGGAGGAGCAAACCCCAGAUGAGGCAGGACGGUCUACCGCACCAGAUAAGGCUCCCCUAAAGAGGAGAAAAUGGAUGAAAAGACUCAGAAAGAGAACACAGUUAAUAUCUGAUGAUGAAUUUGAGCUUCCCGAUGACCCAGAGUUUAAAUACAAUCUCAAAACCGCUUCCUUGGGUAAAAAGCCUGUGUACUCACUAAGACACAAUCACAGAAACAUGGAGAAUUCUGCCUCUGUUAAGAACCCUGUAAACCGUAAAAGGGAAUACCUUUCUAGAUGUGUUAAGAGCCAAAUUCUAAAAAGAAAGGGACGGAAGAAGAGGUGGCUCCAGGGUCUUCCCAAGCUGGAGGUUGUACAGACUGUGAAAGAGAAAAUAAUCAAAGUUAAGGGCAAGAAGCGGGGAAGGAAGCCUUUACCAAAACUCGAGCUCUCAUACCCUGAUAAUGAAAUUUACCUGACUGAAGAAUCGCCUCGUGAUGAGCAGAAAAUGGAUUCAAAACAUAAAGAGCAAGAUAUGCCUCGUGUGGAUGGUGACUUUGAAAACAAAAGUGAACUGGAGCAUGAGAAUGACCCUGAACAGGAAAAUGGACAACACGCUAACUUGGAUUUAACUACUAACUCAAGCAAAGAAACUCAAGACGAAGCUCCAACACAAUUUGAGUCGGCGCCUUGUGAAAACCAGCCUUGUGAGGCUCAGGUUCCCGCUGUCAAAGCCAGUCCUGAGUUUGAUGGUCCACUUUUAGAUUUAUUAGAUUGUCCAAUUGAACUGUUACACAAUUAUUCACUCAAAUCCAAAAGACUUGACUGUGAGAAACCAGAGCUUCUAGAAACGCCAGAAACUGACGAGGUCAAUGGCGACGCAGAAAGGGAGCCGCAGCCGAGGGAGGAAGUGGAAGUGGAAGUCCCAAAAACAAAGGUGAAAGCCAAGAGAACUUGGAAGGACAGAUUGCAGCGCAGCCAACAGUAUUCUCAUUUGACACACCACUGCAGCUUCUGCCACAAAGACUAUAAGGGUUUGAAUGUAAUGAGGCACGCACUCUCACACCUCAAGAGCAGGAAACUAAGAUGCAUUCUCUGUGGGAAACACUUUAAACAGCUCCCUCUGGCCAAAAAGCAUGUUCUGGAGCACAUUGACGAAAUGCGCAAAGUAAAGCCCCCGGACAAGGAGAAAACACCAGUUGCUAACGGAACGAUGGACAAAAUAGAAGCUCAGCAUCAGGAUGAAAACCAGACUCCUGUUUUGGAGAAUGAAACCAUUGAACAGAAACCCAAAGGCAAAACUAAAGUGUCGAGCCUCACGAGGGAAGAACGCAUCAUCAGAAACGUUCGCACCCUCAUCAAAAAGACAUCGGUGCUUCACAAAAAAUCUAAAAACACAAACGCAUCGAAAGAAACAUACUUUAAGGACGAGCAGGUAGUCAUUUCAGAUGGUCUGGUGAUCGUAAGAGAUGCAAACUUGUUGGUGGCGGAAGGAGAAGGGAGGGAAAAGCCGGCGGGAGAAAACGGCUGCAGUGUGGACAUCACGUAUCCCUUGUGCCCGUCGGAGUCCUGUGAUAGAGUAUUCUUGAGGAUAAGCUCCACACUCACAAGACACGCUCUCAAAUGCCAUAUUAAUGAAGAUAGUGUGCUGGAGAAGACUUUUGUGUGGUCAAAGCGAAAGUGCAGCUUCUGCAUCAGGCCCAUACAGUUUCUUCAGCAGUACAAGGACCACAUGAAGCUCCACGACACCCAAGAGCCUUACUUCUGCUACCACCUGGAGUGUAAACAGCGCUUCUCGACGCAGCAGGAACUGAAGGAUCACGUCAACACGCACCAGCCCUUCAGACCUCAGUGUUCCUUCCAAGACUGCGAGAAGCUUUUCUCAACUUUUCAGGGUCUCUAUGACCACGAAUGGAGACACUACAUCCCGGCGCCGCAGAAGGAGGAGCUGGAGUUGGGACCCGGCAAAGAGACGGUGCCGAGCGCUGAAGCUCCUUGGAAACAAAGAGUAAAGAUCGAAGAGACUUGGCUGCAGAAUAAAAAGGGGCAGAGGGAUAGUCCCACUCCAGACGGUAGCAGUGACAGGGUCAAAACGGAAGGUGAGUCUUGUGGAGAAACUGUCCCAGACUUGAGUCAAAAUCCAUCUAAAUCUGACAGUUGUCCAGCAAAAGUAGGAGUUCAUGAGCACAUGGAAGAUAUUAAACCCAGCAUCAAUGGAUAUGAGGAUUUUGCCAAAAAGGAGACGGAGGAGUUGAAGUUCUCUUCCCACACAGCGACUCCCUCCAAGAAGUGUCAAAAGAAAACUCCAAAUGAGUGGGACCUCAUAAAUGUCAAAGAUCAUGACGAUGUUUCCACUCUGGUUGAAGGAAUCCAGAAGAACGUGGAAGAGCCUCACAUCACCGAGCAUAAAACCUUCAAGCCUGAAGAUCCAGCCUACGCACCUUUUGUUAAAGCCCCCUUCAUCCGCCCACCGCCCUCCACCUACCUGGACGAAUCUGUGCUCUCCAUGCGUAAGAGGAGGCUCGCCGACGAGCCCCCUCCCAAGAAAUAUUCCGCCAAUUACAAGAAGAAGAAAGAACCAGAGGUAGAAAAGGGGCAGAAAGACACUCUGAUUAGCCCCGAGCAGAAGAUCAGACACCGUUGUGACAAAUGUCUGUCGUCCUUCAGCAGCUUGGAGGAAUUAAAGAAACAUCGGGCCUUGAACACGUGUUCUGCGCUCUUUGGCUUCGAUUCAGACGACGAAAGCUAGCAUGCUCAUUCACCAAUACAACGUUAAACUAAGACUGACCAUUUCAAAAAUGAAAUCAGUUUUUGGUGGGUUUGUGUGUGAAAUGGAGCUGCAGAGCUCUGCCAAAAAUGUGUGUUUUCCAAUAAUGACGCUAGUAAUAAUGUUUGCUACUAGGGAUGCCCCGAUACCAA